AUGCCUCCGCGCCUGGGCUUUCGCAAGUCCCGCAAUGGGUGCCUCAAGUGCAAAGAACGUCGCGUCAAGUGCGACGAGCAGCUCCCCUGCUCGGCGUGUGUGAGGCACGGCAUCGAGUGCAGCCUCGUCGCGUCCAGGGCCUCGAGCGAGAUGCGCGGGGAUCCGAGCCUGAUGUCGUCAUCGGAAAGCCCUCAGUCGCGGUUCGAGGGCGAUCCCUUCUCCGUCUUCGACAGCUCUGCCGCCAGGCUGCAUGGCCAAGAGCCCGACGUGCAAUGGCGCAUCGAUCUGGAGCUGAUGCACCAUCUGACCUCCGUCACCUGGAACACGUUCCCCAAAGGACCCGGUCGCCAAGAGAUCUGGCAGGUCGCCCUCCCGCGGCUGGCGCUGGAGCAGGGCAACGAGUUUGUCCUUCACCAGCUCCUUGCCGUGGCAGCAUACCACAUGGCCUUCCUGCAUCCUGACGACCAUGUGCGCCAUGCUGUGCGAGCCUCGCAGCAUCAAGACAGCGCGAUUCAGGGCCUGAGGACAGCAAUCGCCAACAUCAACGAAACCAACUGCCACGCCAUAUUCGCGACCGCGUCGAUCCUGACCAUCAGCGCCUUUGCUUCACACUCCAUGGGCAUGGCGCAAGACCUGGGGCCGCCCACGCUAGACAGUCUGAUUGAAGUCUUCUCGCUUGUCCGUGGGGUGCAUAGAAUCCUCAACAGCUGGGAAAAUGUCAUUUUCAAAGGACCCUUGGGACAGCUACUGGAUCUUGGUGUCCACGACUCCGAAUCACCUCUGCUCUCAGCGAUCCUGCGUGAGCUUGAAGAAUUCGCCGCAUCCAACAGCCCUCACUUCGGGGCACAUUCCCUGAUAACGUGCAUCAAGUUUGCGAAUUUGAAAGGCUACGAUUCAGAGCUGCGAGUCGUCAACAUGUGGGCCAUCUACUUCAGCCACGAAUUCUUCAAUUCCCUUUACACACGCGAGGUUCCCACCAUGGAGGCGCUCAACUACUACGUUCGCAUUUUGGAGGCCGUUGAGUCCAACCACUGGUACCUGACGGGCUGGAGCAGCGGCGUGCGCAGAGAUAUAGAGACGACCAAAUGA